CAUGGCGUCUACCGUUAAAAUCCACGCAAUCCCUCUGCUCCUCAUCACCCUCCUCGCCUCCGCCGUGGCCGGAGCAGAAGACCAAACAUCGACGGAAUGCUCGAACUCCGGCGGAACCUGCCUCGACAAAUCCAAGGCCCUAAAAUUCAAGCUCAUCGCGAUCGCCUCGAUCCUGAUCGCAAGCCUGGCUGGCGUCUUGCUCCCGCUCUUUACCCGCUCGAUUCCAGCUCUUCAACCGGAUAAAAAUCCGUUCUCAGUAGUGAAAGCGUUCGCUUCGGGAGUGAUUCUCGCGACGGGGUACAUGCACGUGCUGCCGGACUCGUUCGACUGCCUGAAUUCGCCGUGCCUGCCGGAGACGCCGUGGCGGAAGUUCCCGUUCGCAACUUUUGUCGCGAUGCUGUCGGCGGUGGCGACUCUGAUGGUUGACUCGUUCUCGAUGAGUUAUUACCGGAAGCAAUUUCCACGACAGGUCGCCGAAGAGGAGGCGAAGAUUAAUGGGGGAUCGGAAAUGUUAGGGCAUGUUGGCCAUGGACACGGGAAGGUUGAGGAAGGGGUGUGCGGAAAGGGCUCGAACUUGAUACGACACCGUGUUGUCGCUCAGGUAUUAGAGCUAGGGAUAGUGGUGCACUCUGUAGUAAUAGGUUUGUCAAUGGGGGCUUCUGAUAAUCCAUGCACAAUCAGGCCACUUAUUGCUGCUCUUUGCUUCCAUCAACUUUUUGAAGGAAUGGGCUUAGGAGGAUGCAUAUUGCAGGCCGAAUACGGGAUCAAAAUGAAAGCAAUAAUGGUAUUCUUCUUCUCAUUCACAACCCCGUUUGGUAUUGCAUUGGGAAUUGGAUUAUCAAAUGUCUACAGUGACAACAGUCCAACGGCCCUUAUUGUGGUGGGUCUACUAAAUGCCUGUUCUGCUGGGCUUCUCAACUAUAUGGCCCUAGUGGAGCUGCUGGCAUCUGAUUUUAUGGGCUCUAAACUUCAAGCAAGUGUGAAGCUCCAAAUAUGGUCAUAUUCCGCAGUUCUCUUGGGCGCAGGAGGAAUGUCAUUAAUGGCAAAGUGGGCUUAG